UUAUUUACUGUUUACUGUUUUUAUAAAAUUGUUUGCCCCAAUUUUUAAUAGCUAACUUGAGCUCUGGUGCAAUAAAAUGUGCCUCUGUUCACUUUCCCAAGGCUAGCCUGAGAAAAAAACUUGCGUGUCACUUCUCUUAGAGGCUGGAGAUGCAAAAAAUCUGCAAUUAUUAAACAACUUUAUGAAAAGUGGUAGAGCUCAUGUCACAGACAGAACAAAAAAAAAUCACUUUGUGUUAGUCAAGAACAUCCAGAGGCUUUCCUGUGCACUGAAUGUUGAGGCUUUUCCUGUAUACCAGUGCUCAUGUUACAGAUGACUUGCCCACACUGUGAUCGAUAUGGGCUCUAAAAGGGUAUUCUUGGGUUUUGCAGAGUUUGAAUAGACUGGCAAACCAAACUGAAAGAUAGUAACACAUCACUGCUGGCGAACUGCCUAGAUAGGAUUCGGUAAAUACGAUUCUAACUUCUAUUUCAAAGUCAGGAGGGAAUGGUGUUUAAUAUUCCUAUUGUUAGCACUAUUAAUCUACACUGGGCAUUUUAAAUGAGCUUGCACUGUAAGAAUGCAAUUUUACUAUCUAUUUAUUUUCCUUCAGUAUCAAGCUGGUUUUUGCUUACUACUUUGCUUAAAUGUUACCUUGAAAGAGCCCUCCCUUAAAGAAAACAUGGGAUUUGAGGCUGUGAGACAGACACCAACAGUGAUGGAAGAUAAUUAAUAUUAAUGAAGAUAAUACAUUCCAAUUACGUUUGGUGUUUUACUCGCUAGCAGCUUGGUGCUCUGCAGGAACAAAUGGUAAAACUGGCUGCAACAUAGUGUGCCUACAGCAGAGAGCUGAGACAGCAAAUUGUUCUCAAGGGUUAUUACUGAAUACUGAUGGAUUUUUCCCAUAAAAAAGAAAGACUGCAAUGGUUCCUGCACCUGCAAGGAGUAUCCUAGCAACAUCACUGGGGAAACUGUGUGCCAGGACUUUUUUUUUUCUGAAUGCUUUUUGUUGAAAGUAACUGCAGAUGGAAAAUAAAGGUCAAGAGCAAUUUGAGCUUUUCCAAAUGCAGCUGCUUAAUUCAUUACUGAAAGAAAUGUUUGUGUUGUUGUUUUCUGCUGAAAGGCUAAAUAUCAGGUUCCAGAGUCGUCCACCAGACUCUCCAAUCGCAGCUCAGUCAGACCUGAGUAUCACUCAAUCUCAGAUGUCACCUCUUGCUUGCACAAAAACUACUGUUAGCAUUUUGCUAACAGCUUUUACCUCAUGAAGUAACCAGCUGGUGGUGAGGAUAGCUGGAGCUUUCUCUGCAACAGAGAACAGGAAAGAGAACACGAAAUAUCCCCAGGUAUAGGGAACAGAUCACUGGUCUAACAAAAGGGAAGGAAAAAGCCUGUUUUUUGUCUGAGAAGGUAUAUGUGGUCCUGUCGUAAUGCAUGCACAGACCUCAGGUGGUAUGCUCCCUGCUGCGAUGAAUCCUUGCUCAGUGCCACAGUCUAUUCCUCUGGCAGAAGGAAUCUGCCGUACGGUAUCAGACAUGAAUGCAGAUCAAACGAUGGUCACGCAGAAAACUUUAGUGGAGCAGUUAGUGAAAAGGUAUCCAGGCAUUGCAGUUCCCUCCCAGAAAAUCUUAUACAACAUCCUUGGCACUCUAAUUAAAGAAAGGAGGAUCUAUCAUACAGGAGAGGGAUACUUCAUCGUUACCCCCAACACCUACUUUGUCACAAAUGAUGCCACAGAAUACAAUAAAAGGGUCCUGAGGAAGGACAGCGAGGACAUUUACCAGGCAAACUGCAAGAGCUAUGCAGACCCAGUGAAAGAAAACAUUGCCACAGUAUCCCAUUGUCUCCCUGACCAGAAUAUGCUUUGUGAACAAAGACUUCGGCAGCUAAUGAACCAUGAACCUAAGGAAGGACAUAAGAAAGGCUGCAGUGAAGGGAAGUCUUUGAUUCAAACUCAGGUCAUCUCCUCAUCUGCUGAAAACCGUUCCUGGGACACCAUGAAAUCCCUGACAUCAGUAAAAGAGAAACUGAAAGGCAAAAGAUUCGGCCUUUGCCUUUUCUGGAGAAGUAUCCCUAAAAAAGAAAAACAGAAGGAGUACUCUACUUUUUCAGCCCAAUUUCCUCCCAGGGAGUGGCCAGUCAGAGAUGAAGAUGACUUAGAUAAUAUUCCACGUGAUGUUGAACACGAAAUCAUCAGGUGCAUUAAUCCUACUCUUACAGUUGAUAAUUUGAUUAAACACACAAAAUUAAUGCAAAAGUUUGAGGAGAGGAAAAAAUAUACAACUAAGGGUACCUCUGCUGAAGUGUUAAUACUAAGGCACAAGUACCUUUCAAAAGAGUGUGUCCAAAAGACACAAAUUAGAGCAGCAAAUCACAAAAGGAAAAACAAAUCAAACAAAGAGAAGCAAAUUAGCAGAAGCAAUGGGAAAUCUCACGUGCAUGAGCCAACGUUCCAAAGCAAGAAGCUGGAAGAGAAUGUUUCUCUGCUUGUUACAAACCAACAGCCAUUGGAGGCAGCAGUGGAAUCCCAGGUCAUAUAUAAAAAGCAAAUUAAGAACCCCUUUCAGGGUCUGUCAUGGAAACACAACUUUUAUGCAAGAGCAUACAAGGGUCGUAUUAACAGUCAGCGGAAGUCCAGGAGUCGAAAGCAGGAAAGGGAUUUACAAAGGUUUACAAAGUCCUUGGACUCCCCCGGAACCUUUGGAUAUGAAGCUGAACAACUGCUUCCUGAAAUGCAGGCUGACAGCACUAAGCAAAACAAAUUAUUCCAAGCUAAUAGGUUUUCCCUCCAAUUAAAGAAAGGCAAUUUCAGUGAAAAUGUUAGUUAUCCGCAAAGCAGUACUUUGCGAAUAGAUGAUAAAUAUACAUGCUUUCUGGAGAGUAAUGUUUCUGAAGACAACGUCUACAGAGGAACAGUGAAAGGAAAUCCUGGGGAUAUUCAAAAAUCUCCAGACUCCUAUGCUGAGGAUAAAAGUGUGCAUAAAGAAAAAGAAAAAUAUUUACUACAUCUGAAAGGUGAAUGUUGCAGGUACAAGGCUGACAAUGUAUGCGAGUUGUUAGCCCAAGCAGCAAACAAAUUUCAAAAUGUCCAUCUCUCAAAUUAUAUGACCAAUGUUACAAGGGAAAAAGAAUUUAGUGUGACAUACAGACAAAAGACUGAUAAAAAGAAUGAACUUGUAUUUAAAUACGACUGUGCCAACCAUACUGGAUCAAUGAAGCUGGAAAGUGACAGAUUUACCAACAAAUGCCGUCUUCAGAACCAGAAAGCACACGAUUGUGACAAGUGUGGUUUGUUGCAUGUGGAUGACAGUUUUGAAUGCAAUGAACCAUGUCAGUUGCUUUCUUGCCAUGCAUUUUCAGGUACAAGAGACUGGAGUAAAGCUGUGCAAAAGCUGGGGACUACUCUAAAAAACUCUACAGUUAAUAUUUAUCCAAACCAAUAUAAUACAACUGUAAAUAGACAUGACUUUGAAGGGUACGGAUAUGAGGAAAGUGCUGAUUUUGCAGAAUCAAUUUGUGGCUCAAAAAAGCAUCAAAAGCCAGUCCUCACAGAAGAAAGUUGUUUGUGCAGCCAGGUUCUUCCAACGGUUUCCAGAAAGGAAGAAGAAACUAGCUUUACUGAAUGUAUGGAGGCUUCAGCUGUAGAUUUCUGUGAUGCUAACGAGGCUGACGCUUUGCAGAACUGCACCUGUGAGAUGGCAGAAGAAGUGGCAUGCCAGAGUUUGGGCCCACAAGCCAAAGAAACAAGAACCCCCCCAGGAAAAACAGGUCUCUUUUUAAAGAAUGAAUAUACUGUGAUAUCAGGAGAGAAUCACACAGAAGGGACAGAAAACCACAGCUUUACAGGAGACAGUGGAAUUGACUCCCCAAGAUGGACUGAAAAGAAGAUGAAGCUUCCUGCCAAAUUCUGACAGCAUCAAUAGCAAUGCAUAGAGAACAGAGUGGAAGGGCAAUGACAAAAAGUUCCUUGCUUCAGCUAACUCUAGCCGGGAAGGUUUGCUAAGUUAUUAAUGAGCGUCUCAGCUUUUUAUUUGUAACAACAUAAGCAUACUGUAACUGUGCUUGGUGAUGUCUGGGGGCUGCCUGUAAAUAUAAGCCUUUUGUUAACAUUUUGGAGGUGUCAGCAACAGAAAUGUGUUACUUUUUUUUUUUUUUUGCAUCUCCACGUCUAAUAAAAAUGAGGACUGACACAGUGCAUGAGGGCCAGGCUGUACAGUCGGGGAGGGCACGUGCUGCCCAAGAGGAACUGUAUUUGACCAGAAAAUUCCUGAAGGCGUUUCCUACUUGAGCCACAGGACCAACCGCAGGCGCUACCCGCUAUGAGAAAACGAUGCAAAGCGACUGGAUCGGCACACACC